GGACUUUAAUCAGCAGCAGCCGGUGUCCAGUUACCGUCCGGUAGUCUGUUAGUUCACCAGCGGGCCCAGCUCGCAUCCUUUAGCUUGCUGUCCCUCAUCUACCCUCGACGUAGACUGCGGCCCGACAGGAGCUCUACUGACGGUGUGUCCAGACAGCGCCCUCAGCAGGUGAGCAGCAGCUCUGCAGACAUCCCAUAAUAUGCUGGCGUUGAAGACGGCUGGAUAAUCAGAGACUCAGAGGAGAGAAUCAGCAGCUGGAGCUCCAGUUACUCCUGGUCUCAGUCGGACUCAGACUCAGAUCUUCAGGUCCCAUCCCUCCAGAAGGACAUCAUGUCCAGACGUAGUCUCCGUCUGGAUGACACCGUUCUUCAUCGUGGUCUCAGCAGCGCCUCCUACAGCGCUGGAGGAGGCAGCAGGAGGAGCAGCAGAUCUCUGAAGCUCCGCAGUCCUCGUCCUCCCUCGUCCUCCUCAGAGCUGCCGUCAGUCCACAGCGACGCCUCGCUGCUGUCCUCGCUGCUGGACACCUCCUCGGUCCAGGAGGUCACCAUGGUGGACUCCUUCUGGGGUCUGGACCACGACGUGGACAUCAAAGAGAGCACCAUGAUGGAGGAUCAGACCAGCAUUGUGGGCGACAUCUCGCUGACCGGUUCAGGCGACGGCGGCUCCAAACUUUCGCUCAGCAGAGUUUACUGUAAAGACUGUGAGCUGGAGUCGGACCAAAGGGAGGCCGGAGAUGCCUACAGCUCCUCCAAAUACACCUCCUGCUCCUCCUCCUCAGUGUUCACACCAUCAGAGACACAAACAUCCACCAUCUACUGCAGAGAUCGAAGCCGCCGAGAUCGAACAGCUCGACCGGGUCGCUGUGGAGCCAUGAAGGAGUCAAACUCGACGGAGAUUCAUCCCAGCGGAGCUCUGUAUGGCGACUGUCAGGAGAACAAGCAAACAGAGACCAAUACAGUCACCUCUUCAUCCUCGUCCUCACCUUCAUCCUCACCUUCAUCCUCAUCUUCAUCAUGGUCGUCAGUUGCAGUCUUUUUGUUGGGGCUGAUGUGCAGCGCUGCCAUUUUUACAGGUCGGACUGCAGCUGAAGCUUUCAGACUGUUUCACCAGAGAUGGAAUCACACAACCACAGAUCUCCACCGGUUUCCUCUCAGACUCGUCGUCUUUCUCCUCCUUCUGCUGCUGAUCAUCUUCAGUCUGUGUUGGUUCGGUCCAGCCGGUUUGCAGUCGGUUCUUCUGGCCUUCAGAACCUCAGAGUGGAGAACGGCUGUGGUUCCUCAGAGCCAAUCAGAAGAGGGUGCCGUGGAGUCCAGGGAGGUUCAGGUGUACGAGGAGCCGCUGACCGGUCGACCUCUGGAGGACCAAACACCGACGGGACCGGAGGACUCAGAGAAUUUGGACUUGGUGGACUUGGAGGUUGUGGACUUGGAGGACAUGAACUCGGAGGAUGUGGACGUGCAGGUCAUGGACUCGGAGGACUCGGAGCGUCUGGGUCGUCUGGAGCAGCGUUUGGCAGCGCUGUGGCAGCGAGUGGAGGCCGGAGGACGACGGGCCGAACAGAGACACCAGGAAGUUCUGCAGCUUCAUCAUCAUCUUCAUCAUCCUCAGCAGCAGCAAAGUGACGUGGAGUCGUGGAUCAACGUCCUGAUGGAGCAGCAGCUGUCACAGCUCAACACCCGACUGGACGAAGAGCGAGUCCAGAGAGAGCAGGUCCGACUGCAGGAUCUGCUGCAGCAGGAAAGUCAAACAUCUCGUCUGGACCGGUUGGAGCUGCAGCUGCAGACGCUGGUGGCUAAAACUCAGGAAGUCCAGUGGAGACAAGAAGCUGCUUCAGCAUCGACGCUUCCAGCUGCUGUCAGUGUCGGCGUGGACCGACAGUCCCAUGAUGCUUUGCUGGCGGAGGUUUCUCGGCUGAAGGCGGUUCUGGAGGACGUCAGGAGGGACGUGGAGGUUCUGUCCUCCAAUCAAAACGACCGACAGCUGGCGGCCGUGCAGCAGAUGGUUUCCUCCCAGCUCCGUUCUCUGGUCUACGGUGGAGACGGUGGAGAGUCUCUGCUGCAGUGGAUGUCUCAGCACUACGUCAGCCUGGCCGACCUGCAGGUGGCGCUGUCCUCUCUUCAGCUCAGCAUCCUGAACAACAUCAGCCAGCAGCUGGAGCAGCGUCAUGGCAACCAGCCGGUCAGAGAGGGUGCCAUGACGACGGAGGACGUCCAGCUGCUGGUCCAGGACGCUCUGAGGCUGUUUUCUGAGGACAGAACUGGAUUGGCUGAUUACGCUCUGGAGUCUGGAGGGGGCAGCAUCCUCAGCACUCGCUGCUCAGAGACCUAUGAGACCAAAGCUGCUCUGCUCAGUUUGUUUGGACUUCCUCUCUGGUAUUUCUCUCAGUCUCCUCGAACCGUCAUCCAGCCCGACGUCCAUCCAGGGAACUGCUGGGCCUUCAGAGGCUCCACAGGCUUCCUGGUGAUCCGGCUCUCCAUGAAGAUCCUCCCCAGCUCCUUCAGCCUGGACCACAUCCCCAGAUCGCUGGCUCCGAGCGGGACGCUGCUCAGCGCUCCACGAGACUUCAGCGUCUACGGUCUGGAGGAGGAGAGUCAGGAGAACGGGAAGCUGCUGGGAACGUACCGGUACGACCAGGACGGAGAAGCUGUGCAGACCUUCAGCGUCUCUGAGGAGAACGACGAGGCCUUCCAGAUCAUAGAGGUUCGGGUUUUGUCUAACUGGGGUCAUCAGGAAUACACCUGCAUGUACCGCUUCAGGGUCCAUGGGACGCCCAGCGUCGUCUGAGCGUGCUCAGAUCACAGCGAGUCGUCUGAGCGUGCUCAGAUCACAGCGAGUCGUCUGAGCGUGCUCAGAUCGUGGCGUGUUGAGGUGUGGUUGAUCAGCUGAUGGACGGUGACUCUGACGGUUUCCCUCCAGUGGAGUCUUUCCUGUGGAAAAGCGACUCACUGACGGUUUGGUGUUUGUGUUCAUAGUUCCUGUUGGUGGUUUUCAGGUUUCAUCUCUUUUCUUUUCCUGGUUCUGAAAAUGCUCUGUUUAGUUUUCAGUCCAUUUUUGGUACUUCUGUCUGAGCUGAUGCUAAAGAAAUCCUUUUCAUGCUGAUUUCUGCAUGAAAUGACUCUAAUUCUGAAGAAACUGACUGCAGGACGUGAUGCGUUCACUGUCAGGAGGAAUUAUUCCAGAUUGUCAUUCAGAAGCUUUAAGACUCUCCUUUAAAAUCUGCUGCCUCCAGAAACACGCUGAUGUUUCAAAUCUCACAUUUUUACAGCAAGAAAUUAUCAAGUCUGAUAACCUCCAGAGAUCCUUUAGUUUCCUUCAGCAGCUGAUCGUAGGACGUCGGAGGGACCCUGAACGCAACACCGAUGGACUGAAACCUGGAAACUGAUGUGAAAUUCAUAUUUAUUUAUUGUUUGUGCUGAUGAAGUUGUUUUACUUUCAUUAAUUGAUCUAUGUUGGAGGUUUUUUAAACACAAUAAAUCUAUUUUCUAUGUGA